UGUCAUGUGAUCAGCUGUGUCCAGUCACAGCUGAUCAUACUGAUCAUCAGGGCACUGAUGAUCAGUAUGCCCUGAUGAUCAGUGUAGCCCCUAUCAGUGCCUCCUGUCAUUGUCUGUCAAUGCCAGCUGUCAGUGCUUAUCAAUGUCACCUGCCAGUGCCCAGCAAUGCCACAUAUCAGUGCCUACCAGUGCACAUCAAUGCUACAUAUCAGUGCCCAUCUGAGCUGCCAGUGAGUGCCACCUAUCAGUGCUGCCUAUUAGUACGCAUUAGUGCCGCCUAUCAGUGCCCGUCAGUGCCGCCUAUCAGUGCC